CCCUUUUUCCGCCCGUCCUUCUUCUACUCGCUGUUUUCCAUAUGUCUCUUUAUGCACAACCAAACAUACAGAUUUCCCCGAGUCGCACACUAUAUACUGCAGCUAAUGUCCCCGCUUUUUCCUUUUUGUUCCAAGAAUCGAUCUAUGUAUGCAAUUUUCGCUAGCGUGAUCGUGAGUCAGACCGUACGAACCUAUGGCCUUUCGUCCGUCAUUGAUUAACGAAGGAUAAUGUCUCUGGAACUCGUCGUCACUUUUCGUUUAACGAAAUAGAUUUUUACUACGGCGCGUCUUAUUGCUCUCUGCAUCGGUUCAACUUAGUCCUUGAUGGAAAAUUGCGGUUGUUCACCUGUUUUCAAACUUGUAAUUAUAAGACCAAGUAUGAGGUGUAAUUACACGGCUUACGUAUCACAACAUUGUAUCAACAAGGAGCCGGUUUGCGAUUGCGAAACGUAGUCGAACAUAGGGAUAGAUACGAAUCUAUUCGGUGGGGUUGCGACUCCGGAACGAGAUAGACACUGCAGUGUUCGUCGUCGCAACCUUCGGAGUUGAAGGUCGUCGAUGCUCAAUGAAAUUUAGAAUAGCACGUUUGCUAUUGAUGCAACGAUCGUUUGCGCGCGAUCAAACGCAGAUGGGCAUUUCAAUGAAAUUUACAACUGUAAAAAAAUAGGAGUGAGAGUCAGUUAGCGUUCGUUCGCCAGUUAAUCCUGGUGUGAAUAAACGGGUAAACAUAGUGCCUACUCUAUCAGAAAAUAUUUGCGUAAUUCGUUUAAUCAACCAGAAAAUAUUUAUGCACACGAUUACGUUUUAUUAUCUAACUGUAUGCAUAAUCGAUUUCGUACUAUUCCGUACGCUGUCCCGUGCAAUUGCUUUUAUUUUAUAGCAGCACAAACGCAGAUCGAUAGUCGACGGUGGCUGAGAGUAGUCACGAACAAAUCCCGAGAACAUUCGAAUUGUUUGAUAACGCCGUAAUCGCAAAAUUGACGCCUUCCAACAAAAACGAGAACCGCAUUUCCGCGAAUACCGAAGUAGGUAUGCGCAUACAGACAGUCGUUGCCUCGUGAAUCGUCUUCUCGCUCGAAUCUCUUAAGUCCCCGGUUUAUCUAGAAGAUUAGCCACACGGAGAAAAAUACCUUUCUUAUUAACAAAUUGCAACCUCGCCGCGUCCAGUGUUCGACGGGAAAGAGAAUCAAGGCAAACAUGUUCAAUUCGAACCGAUAUAUUUCUGCGAAUCCCGUAACUGUUUUAUCACUUGUUUCGCGACCGUGCUCAUCUCGUUCUUGUUCGAAGUCGCGAUAUUCUCUAUUUUGCCGAUCGGCAGGCUCGUGAUCAACUCGUGAAUGUACUUCGGAUUGGUCAGACCAUACGUGAUCGAGUACAACACGCGCAGACACAGAAACAAUAUUUCGUCCGGCAGAGAAUUGUUCUUUAGAUAAUAACUCAGCAUGUCGCCGAUCCGCAAUUCGAAGAGAUGUUGCAAGCCGGUUUUAUUCAUACUGACGUUGUAGAACGUCAUCAGCAUUAAUCUAAAGAGAUACGUUCGCCAUGAGCAUGUACAAAUAAUCGUUGGUCGUUAAUUGCUGAUAAAAUGAGUACCUCUUCAGCGACAAGGAGCCUUGCGACAGAGGCAAGGUGGGCAUGAGUUUCACCAUCUUUUGUAUGAAGGCCCUGCCGUUCGGAUCGGUGGGGGGGAAUGCAUUUCGAUAAGUGUUUAUAAACGCGACGAAACUUCCGUCCGUUAUCGAUAAAAACUCGCCAAUCUUAUCCUGAAACUGAAACGAAACGGUCGAAACCUCGCUGCUCGUCGGAUCCCGAACAUAGAAUGGAUAUUUACCCCAGAUAGCCAGACAUCAACGAUCUCCGGACAUCUAGACGCACGCCAUGUCAAAUUGCCCAAAACUGCGCCUAAAGUCGCACAAUUUGUUUGAUCCUCCUCAGCAUUCGUGUCCAUGUUUAUCCAACUGAAUAUUAUGCCAAUAUUGACAAUCUUUUGAAAAACUUCAUGUCAUAUCGUGAAAAUUAUUAUAGCCUGCGUUAAAUAUAAAUUGAUAUUGUAAACAUGUGCAUGCGGUACCGUGCGAGAUUCAAACGGUAUUUAAAGGCUAUAGUCAAUUGGUUCGUGUACAUAAUGAGGUUCGCAGAAGGACAAGAAGUGCUCGCAAAAUAUCCGAGCACUGAUAGGUAUCAAAAGGGUACAGUAUUAGGUAUGAAGGGUGAAUUGUAUAAAGUACAAUUUGAAACUGGUACUGAGCAGUAUAUUCUUCCAAAUGAUAUUAGGUUAAAUAGACCAUCUAGAAGUACAACAAGAAAAACUGGGAAAAGUCCUACUAGGCGUUCUCCAGCUAGAAGGUCUCCUGGUAGACGAUCACCUGGAAGGCCUCCGUCAUCUGCAAAUAAACAAGAUGCAAAGGGUACAAAGUUUGCUAAAAUUUCUUUACCGCGGAUCGAUAUGCCUGAUAUCAUAAGUACGAAAAGUACAGAUGACGAAAAUUAUUCCGUUGAAUCAAUGCCGCUUCACUCACGUGUAAAGGGGCUGGGAACAGUCACGCGCAGGUCAACGAGACUGUUAUCUGGUACGGUAAAACCCGAAUCAGACCUGAAUAAAAUGGUUUUACUUACAAGAAACAUUAAUAGAGCUGUCUCGCUUCCUUUAGAAAGGAAAAGUCAAUUUCACGAAUUUAGCGCUGAAGAAAAGGAGAGAGGCCACUCAGUACAAAGAGAUCAGGAUUUAUUGAAAUCUUUAAAUUACGAACAAGUUGUACAUCCUAGUACAGAAAAGAUAGAAAAGCGGAAAAAAGAAAUAAAUAUGGUCAAUGAACCCCAAGAGUGGGGAGGAUGGAUGGGAUCAUUCUUUCUGAUAUUUCUGACACCUCUGAUUACGAUUUUACCGCAAUUAAUGUGCACAGAAAGCACAUGCACGUUUGGUUAUUUUAAUAUACCCGAAGAUCUAAGUUCUUACAUAGAUCUAAAAGUUUUUGGUGUCUAUUUGGGUCUUCUGUUGUUUGUAACUGUUAUAUCGAUGAUCCCGAUUGGACAAAAAGUCGAUGGAUUACAAAGUAGAAUCGGGAGAUUACAGUAUCGUUUAAAUGGAUUUGUGUGCUGUCUUCUAUCGAUAAUCGUAUUUGUCGCAUGUACAUAUAAAGAAUUUAAAAUCGCUGACUUUAUCAUAAACAAUUAUGUACAAUUUUCGGUCAGCGGUUGGAUCAUUGGAGUAAUCUUAUCAUUGUUGUUAUUUAUAAAAGGAGGCAAAGCCCCGAUAGCAAAUCUAAAUAUACACGGGUCUACUAAAAGUGUAAUAUAUAACUUUUGGCAAGGAAGGGAAAUCAAUCCACGAAUGGGUCAAGUGGACUUUAAAAUAAAUCUCUUCCGGACAUCCAUGAUAGCUACAGUUCUCAUAAAUUUGUCUAUAAUAUUGAAAUCAAUUGAGAAGUUCGACAUUUACAAUUUAGAGCAAAACAAUGUAGGUGUCUUAUUGGGCACCUUAUUGCAAAUAAUUUACGCAAUGGACGCACUCGUUUACGAACACGCGUUACUUACAACAUUCGAAGUAACGCAAGAGGGAACUGGUUACAUGUUGUGCACUGGUUACAUGCUAUACCCGUUUUUACCUACUCUUGCAACAAAAUAUAUGCUGUAUCACAGGACAACACUCAGUUAUCUGUUCGUAUUCCCUGUACUUACUUUCUUACUCGGGUACGUCCUAUAUAGAAAGAGCAACUUGCAGAAAAACGAGUUCAGAAUAAAUCCUUUGUCUCCGUCGUUGAUUCAUGUUGAAACAAUACCAACUGUACGUGGUAAGAAGCUCAUGGUGUCUGGAUUAUGGGGUCACGUAAGGCACCCGAAUUAUUUAGGUGAUAUAAUCAUGUGGUGGUCGAUAUCGUGCAUCAGUUUGGCAUGUGAUAUUAUGCCUUAUUAUUACACAAUACUGUGUACAAUUUUAUUAGUACAUCGAGCAAUAAGGGACAAUGAACGCUGUAAAAUGCGUUACGGAUUAGCGUGGGAGGAAUACGAAUCACGCGUCAAGUACAUGAUUUUACCCCGUAUAUUUUAAAACAUGUAUGCACGAUGUUAGCCAAGUAUUUCUAAAUCACAUGAUGUGUCACAAAGUUGUACCUUUAACAUCUGUAAUGCUCAUUAUUUUAUAGAAUAUGUUCAUUAUAGUGGUAUCACGUUAAGUUAGUCUUAACAGAUGUAUUGGACAAUAUAUAGGGUCCAAACAGAAAGAGAAUAUUCAUGACAUUAGUAUUAGAUUUGUGCAUAACAAUUGUGUAAAACUUUAAGAUAAUGAACAAAGUGCAGUUAUUUAUGAAGAAACAAAAACAGAAGAUAUAGAUGAUAAGAUAUACUUGAUACAGAUAUGUAAAUGUACAAUAUAUUUCUAUAUAAUAAAGACGAAACAGAGUUUUUAUACAUUUU